AUGGAGGCCGUCAAAUUCAUAUUAAUAUUUUACUCACAUAUUCCUCAGAUGGAGGUCCAAACACCAGUAAGAAUGCCCUUGAAGAGCCAAGCUAAGAUAAACAUAUUCUCGAAUGACCAUAUCGCUUGGCUAAACUACCUCUAUCAUUCAAAUGACGAUAAGAAUACACAUGAAAGCUAUCCUAUAGAACCUCCAUCAAACUCGACACUUCAAUCUCUGACGGUGGAGUGCCAACUUGGGCAAGGUGCCCAGGGUGACAUUUACCUUGUAAAGUCGGAUAAAUCUCAGAAAUACGCUUUAAAGGCUUGUCCUAAAAAUAAGCCACUAGCAAGUUCGAAAUCAACGGAGGUUUUAAACGAGGCAAAAAUACUAUCUAAGUUAGACAACCCUUUUGUUAUAAAACUCUUUGAACAAUUCGAAAAUGAGAAUUAUAAGUCUUUUCUCAUCGAGUUUUGUCAAGGAGGAGACUUACUAUACCAUAUGCAGAGGGUAUUACAGCAAGGCCGACAAUUUUCAGAACCGAGCAUCAAGUUCUACAUCUGCUGUUUAAUCCUUGCUAUUGACCAUAUUCAUCAGCAAGGGUUCGUUUACCGAGACUUGAAGCCUGAGAAUAUCCUCCUUGGUGAAAAUGGUUACCCCAAAAUAUGUGACUUUGGUCUAGCUAUUUCUCAAAGUGAGCUUAACUUCAAAACAUGAAGAAAACAAUGUGGCACUAGAGAAUAUUUCUCUCCUGAAAUAGUGAAACGGGACAUUUACGGAAAAGAGGUUGACUGGUGGAGCUUAGGCAUCUUAACCUAUGAACUUCUCUUCAAUGAGACUCCUUUCCAGGAUGAUAAUAUCUUCGUAGCUAAUGCUAAUAUUAAAACUAAGGAACCUUCCUAUUCUGGCAGAGAUGACAUCAGUCCUGAGAUGAUUGAUUUUAUAUCUCAGCUAUUAUCCAAAGAUAGGAAUAAUAGACUUGGUAACAAUGGUAUCGAAGACUUUAUUCGUCAUCCCUGGCUUGACAAUGUCAAUUGGGAGGAUCUCGAACAAAAGAAAUACCCUUGCCCUUUUAUGAUAGAAGGAGCUUCUUCUUCAGAAACACAUUUCUUCCUUGAAGAAUACACUCAGAAGAGUCUUGAUAUCCAACUUGUAAAAGAGAUUAUCAAGACUUAACCAAAUUUAAAUUUCUGUAAUAUAUAAUUAAUGAAUCAAUUGAUU